AUGUUCCGCAACACAUACGACUCAGAUAACGUCGUCUUCUCCCCGCAAGGACGCUUACACCAGGUCGAAUAUGCGUCUGAGGCCGUGAAGCAGGGUUCUGCGGUGGUUGGACUGCGAUCGAAGACACAUAGCAUUCUCCUAGCCCUGAAGCGAUCCUUGGGCGAACUCGCUGCGUACCAGCAGAAGAUGCACCGAAUAGAUGAUCACGUCGGCAUUGCGAUCGCGGGACUCACAUCUGAUGCCCGUGUAUUGAGUAACUUCAUGCGCCAACAAGCGAUGGGCUCCCGUAUGCAAUUCAACCGCCCAAUCCCCGUCAACCGUCUCGUAUCCUCCAUCGCCGACAAGGCCCAGGUGAACACACAAGAGUACGGACGGCGACCAUACGGAGUCGGCUUCCUUGUCAUCGGACAGGACAAGAACGGCCCACACCUCUACGAAUUCUCCCCAUCCGGCAACUCAUACGAGUACUACGCCAUGUCGAUCGGCGCCCGCAGCCAGAGCGCGAAAACAUACCUCGAGAAGCACUACGAGAGCUUCGUGGACUGCACCCUCGAGGACCUCAUCCGACACGGUCUGCACGCGCUCCGCGAGACACUGCAACAAGACAAGGAGCUCACGAUCAACAACACGACCAUCGGCAUCGUCGGCCCCGUGGGCGCGCACGAAAACCAGCUGCUCGCCGAGGGCUCCUUCCGCAUCCUCGAGGGCGAGCCCAUCCAGGUCUACCUCAACACGAUGCAGCCGAAGCGCGCGCCGGAAGAGCCCGUUGUCCCAGCGCAGACUGACAACGUGGGCGAGGAGGAGGGCCCGACACACGGAGCGACGGCAGACGAGGACGUGCAGAUGGGCGAAUGA